AUGACUGCACAACAAGCACCAGAGAACCUGAAGCAGCGACUGAAGGAGUCUUACGAUGCGAUCGCUCCCAAAUACAACAAAUGGACUAUACCCAAGUCUGAGCAGCGACUUCACUACCUGGACAAAUUACUCGACUGUCUCAAUGUCACUGAAUCCCCGCAUCGUUCAGUACUGGAGCUGGGCUGCGGAUGCGGGGUCCCAGUGACCCAGAGGUUAUUGCAGCAUGACGGAUUUCGCGUGGUCGCCAACGACCUGUCUGGAGUUCAGAUUAAAGAAGCACGACAAAACUUGGGUCCGGUACCCGCAGAGCGACUAGAACUGGUAGAAGGCGACAUGUUUGAGCUCUCAUUCCCUGAAGGAUCACUGGACGCUGUCAUUGGUCUCUACAGCUUGAUCCAUCUGCCUUGUUCCGAGCAGGAUGCCAUGAUCAAGAAGAUUGCUUCCUGGCUCAAACCGGGUGGCUAUAUGCUUGCAAACUUUAGCGAAGAGGCAACAUCUGGUGUUGUCUACGAGGAAUGGCUGGACCCGAAAGGCUGGGUUUACUGGAGCGGGCACGGCGCCGAAGGCACGGUGACCAAGGUCCGCGAGGCUGGCUUGGAAAUUGUGGUUAGCGAGGUAGCCAAGGACGCAGUGAAUGCAUCGUUCAUGUGGAUUAUUGGGAGAAAGCCCAAUUAG